CUAAGCUUAAGCUGCCAAUUUUUGCUUUUGUACAACCGGCUCAAGCUUGCUGCUACUGCGAGACCUUCGCCUGUAACUUGAAUUUCUUUCUUUUCUCAACGUGACGUUCUAUUGCCCUCAGGAACCAUGUCUCAACAAACCACGCGCACUUUCACCCUCAACACCGGGGACAAGAUCCCCGCCGUUGGUCUGGGUACCUGGCAAUCCAAGCCCAAUGAGGUCAAGCACGCCGUUGAGGCCGCCCUGCGCCGCGGCUACCGCCACAUCGACACGGCCCUGGCCUACGGCAACGAGCGCGAGGUCGGCGACGGCAUCAAGGCCUCGGGCGUUCCCCGCGAGGAGAUCUGGAUCACCACCAAGCUGGACAACCCCUGGCACAAGCGCGUGCCCGAGGGCCUCGCCUCCUCCCUCGAGAGUCUACAGACCGACUACAUCGACCUCUACCUGAUGCACUGGCCCUCCAGCACCGACCCCGACGACCUCAAGAAGCACUACCCGGACUGGGACUACGUCGACACGUGGCGCGAGAUGCAGAAGCUCGUCGGCACCGGCAAGGUCCGCAACAUCGGCGUGUCCAACUUCGGCAUCACCCACCUCGAGCGCCUGCUCAACGACCCGUCCUGCAAGAUCGUGCCCGCCGUGAACCAGGUCGAGCUGCACCCCUGCAACCCUUCGCCCAAGCUGCUCGAGUACAACAAGAGCAAGGGCAUCCACACCACCGCCUACUCGUGCCUCGGCAGCACCGACUCGCCUCUGUACAAGAACGACUCCUUGCAGAACAUCGCCAAGGCCAAGGGGAAGACCCCGCAACAGGUCCUCCUGCACUGGGGGCUCCAGCGCGGCACGAGCGUCAUCCCGAAGUCCGUGUCCAAGGAGCGUAUCGACGCCAACUUUGACCUGGACGGCUGGGAGCUGACCGACGAGGAGAUGAAGCAGCUGUCCAGCUUCACGGAGCGAUUCAAGGUCUGCGAUGGCGCCUUUUUGCCCGAUGGUGUCAAGGUCUUCCUGGGUGAUGACGAAUAGAGAGAAGUUAAGCAUAAAUGAUGGAAGAAACGGUUUCUGCGUGUGCGUGUGCGUGUGUGUGUGCGUGUGUGUGUGUGUGUGCGUGGGGCAUGGCAAGAAGAAAAUACUGUUGGCAUUCCGUGUCGCUGGUAUUUCCGGGGUAUAUAUAUAGAUGACACGCCCGAUGGCACGCUAAAACUAAGAAUAAAAGUUAAAGAGU